AAGAGGACGUCUCUACGUGGUUUUGUCGCAUGGGGAGGUAGAAUUUUAACGUGUCCAAGAAGAAAGGAGAAGUUUAACGUGAGCAUUCGUCCGUGUUUUUUAUGUAUUUUGGUGAACAAUUUCCCCUCUCGCAUGGUUAUUCGUCGGCCUCACACAGAAAAGGCAUAGUUUUGUGCAAAGGGCACGUUUAGUGACGAAGAGGCUAACAUAGCCGUGUGUUGGCUAUAACUUCUCAGGAAACUGUCAACAAAUGGUCGAAAUGUCGAAGGUGAAAGAGAAGAAAAAGCAUGCUUCUUCUGAAAGACAAGCGCAACCUGCCGGGAAAUACAAAACUGUGAAAAAGAAAAAGAAGUUCUGGAUACAAAUGGAGAAAGCUAAAGUAGAAAAAAAGUCCCCGACUAUUCAACUUACAAAACCUCCGAAGGAUGAACGCCUCUUUUCUGCCAACUGGAAAGUAUUACAAGAGACUUUAAAGUCAAGCCAAACGAAGACAAAUAAGCCAAAAACAUCAGAACACUGCAAUGGGCCUCAGCAAGAAAAGCCAUCUAAAAAUGUACAUUGUAAAAAUACAUCCAUUAAGACAGAUUCAGCAAAAGCUGUCCAACACAAAUCUUUUGACUCUCAGGCUAAAAGUCCUGCUGGGUUAGAGACAAAACAGCUACCUGCUUCUAAAAGGAAAAAUAUGUACAAAUCAAAUGGCGAGCAAACAGUCAAGAAGCUGAAACUUGAGGCCAAUGUGACCAAACCUACAGAGGUGGACAUUUGGUUUGAUGAUGUGGACCCUGAGGACCUCGAGGCGACUGUUGGUCCGGAGGCAGCAGAUAUCAUGAGGAAGAAGAUGGGCGUUAAGAAAAAUCCAGACACGGAGGCCGCUCUGGUGAAGAUGAAAGGUUUUGAAGGCCUCACAAAGGUCGUCGCCAUAGACUGUGAAAUGGUGGGAGUAGGUCCUGAUGGUGAGGAUAGCAUCUUGGCACGUGUUUCCGUCGUCAACCAUUAUGGGAAGUGUCUCUAUGACAAAUACGUGAAGCCCACCGAGGAGGUGACGGACUACAGGACGGCUGUCAGUGGUAUCCGGCCAGAGGACAUCAGAGAUGGAGAGGACGUAACAACUGUGCGGAAGGAAGUUGCCGAGAUACUAAAGGGAAGAAUAGUGGUGGGACAUGCGCUGCAUAAUGACUUAAAGAUUUUGCUCCUGGAUCACCCAAAAAAGAAAAUCCGUGACACUCAGAAAUACAAACCCUUCAGGAAAAUUGUCAUGAGUAACCGCCCCGCGCUGAGAGUACUUUGCGAGAGAAUACUCAACGUCAAGGUUCAGCAGGGUGAACAUUCCUCUGUCCAGGAUGCCCAGGCCACCAUGAGGCUGUACACCAUGGUGAGGAAGCACUGGGAGGCCGAGAUCCGCAGCGCCGAAAAGACAGGCAAGAAUAGCGAGCGCAUGCCCAGGCUGCACAAGAACAACAGCAAGUGUCCUGUUGAAGUGCGGCAGCAUGAUUUGCUGCCUCUGCUUUGAUGGGAAAAAUAAUCCACUGCUGAAAAUGAAGCCGCGCCCCUUCACCUUCAUCUGCACACUUGGACCUCAGACAAAGGCUAAAGGUUCCUCAUCCAAAAGAAAUGCACUUUGAAUCUAAACCAAAUCUGCUGCCAAAAAGCAUAAUGUCGUUCCAUUUACCUUUGCAGUGGCUGUGUCAUGGUUGCAGUGCAUGGAUUCCCCACAUGUGGGAAUGUGUCGUCUCCCUCUAGUUGACAUAGACUUUACCUGUGUUGACUGGCUUAAUGCAAUUUUGGCUACUGGUAAAUAAAAAUAGAUAUGCAUGCCAAAAGUUUGUGCUUUUAGUAUCAAAACAUUUGUUGUUAUUGGUAGAUACAGAUGAAUAAUGAAUCAUUUGUGGUUGCAGUGGCUCAUGUUUUGUUGCUAUUCCCAUCCUUGCACAUACACACGCACGCACACACUCACACACACACAUACUCACUCAAAACCUCAAAAACUUUUUUUUUUGCCAUUUUUUGGGCCCUGCCUAGACCCCUGACGAAAAGCAGGGGGCUUUCCCUGGCCACCAGAGCCAGAAGGUGGGCCAUGGAAGCAAUAUGAAAACAUUUGAUUUUAUGCAAUUUCUGUCGCUUUCUGUCCUGUAUGGGUAGAGUGGCUGACGGUGACAAAAGUGUGGUUUAUUAAUCUUUAUUGAUGCCACCUAUCACUCACCACAUGCCGCCCCCCUAUCCAAACUAUUUGUGCAAGUACUGCUUACUCUAACAAACAAUAGCAUUUCAUUUUUUUUGGGUCCUCUUUUCUUUUUCUUGACCACACAAACAUGCGCUCAGGUCAGCUCACUUCCUUAUGCAUGAGCUGCAGCAUGCUGCCGCCUAUCUGUUGACUAAUGCUGGGGCUUAAGUAAGAACAUUCAGUAUUUAUGCAGCUUGACAAGCAAACGCAGUGAGCUACUUAACUCAAACACUGCCUCUGCCGUUGUUGCCUUGAUAAGUGCUAAUGAACCAUCCUGUGGUCUUAAAAAAGUAGGUAGACUUUAUUGUCGUAAAAUAUGCAACCUCAUUACUAAUGAGUAAGAUGGAAACAGAUGACGAUGCAUUAUGAUAGUUGUACAAAAUGUGCUUUACUGUUAUUGCAAAUACUACACAAACAUGUUGCUGGUUAUAUUUUUUACCUCAGUUCCAAACCCACAUUAUUUAUAAUUGAUAAAGAAGAUUUUUCAACUGUUGCGCUGCUAUUACAACAUGUCACUUUUUGUAGAACACCUUAAAUCCUCCUGAAAACCGGGUGAUUCUUUUGUAAACUCAAUUAUUAGUCACGUGUGACAUCAUGGGAGUUGUAAAUUUGACAAAUUAUGGUAUUUUCUGUAAUAAUAAAUGUCUCUUUUCCCCCACCAGAAAAAAUGUAAAUCUAUAUUUUACAUCGUUAUUCAAUUUCAUUACAAAAAGGCAAAACAAAAAAAACGAAAAUUGGGCAGAAAAAAAGAAGUGGAAGAAGAAUAAUAACCAAACAAUUAAACGCGCAUAGCAAGUACACUUGAUCGGUGAAGUUAAAUGGAAAAAUCAUCUUGCAUAGUUAAAAUCAAAAGUAUUGGCUCACUUUGGCUUUUAUAGCAUGGAUGAGACAACGUAGACUUUGCAUUAUGGAAGAAGUGUCUAAUGUAAAUAGGACACACAGGCGGCACGACAGCCAUGGACACCAACCUCGUUCGUCACCACACUCACGGAGAAAACUGUCCAGUAAGAGAAAUGUUUACUUUUGUAUUCAAAUGCUAAAUGUUGUGUUAUUCAAUCAAGAGACGUGUGUUUAGUUGACGUCGUUUGUCAAAAUUGUCGUGCUGCUCAAUCUUAUCCAGGUCAUUCUCUGUCUCCUUUCAGUGAAUACGUCACUACUGACAUACUACACUAAAUAUUUAUUUUUGUUAUGCUUCUACUUUAUAGAGUUGAUCUACUUAGAGACAUGAGAUGUUGUGUUUUCUGCAUGAGUUGCUUCUUUUAUUCUGCUUAAAUAUGAAAAUUCCAUCCAUUUUCUGUACCGUUCGUCCUCAUUCGGGUCACGGGUAAGCUGAAUGCAGCAAAAUGCAAAGGUUGAAGUUAUGUAUUUAUUUUUUGUGUCACCCUAUCACUGUAUCAAGAUAUCAUUUUUAUUGUGAGCCAUGUAUCGCAAAUCAUAACGUGAGGUACCCUGACAUUCCCAGCCCUACUCCCAAUACUUGAUGCGGCCCAGCCACACCCAAACUCUACCUCCAGUGGCCUACAGUGAAAUUGAGUGAGAGAGCCCUGCCUUAACCCAAAUAGACACCUGGCACUCUCUCCAUUUGAGGCAGUAUUUUCCCCAGGCUGCUACAGUAUUUGAGAAAAUAUGCAUCACUUGAGGAAAUGCAUAACUUUAUGUGCAUGUCCUGGUUUCAGGGGACCAAUUAAUAAGUAAAUAUCGCAAUUUAUUGUCUCAGAAGUGGAAGUUAUAGCUUUUUAGAUUAUAUGUAAAAUAUCUUACUUUUAUGUUAGGGCAGGCUCACCUGAAGAAACCUGACCUCAUUGUAACAACUGAAGUACUGCAAAGUCUUUUGAAAACUUUUCCCAUUUGGCAAAGCAAAUUUAGCAUCAAAGCAGCUAAUGAGCUUCUGUUGUAGCCUCUGCAUGUACGAGCGAACUGUUUAAGCUUAAACUGGCUCAUUUAACAAUAACACAAGCUGCUUUGCACUAAUACUCAACGUACAAACUCCUGUCUCUCCCGCUCGUGUCUCUUUGACUCAUCUUCUCUCUUUCUCUCUCUCGGAUGCACUUGCGGCCGCAGUAAGCUGCACACACAAACACAAUAGCCCUUUGUCCUUUUACUACUACUGUAAUUUUCAUGAGUUCAUAUUGUCCAUCAUGCACUCACUUGGAGUUUCCUGUUAGUAAUAAGUGCAUUAGCAGACCUGCUGAUCAUUGGACUUUUGGAGGUGUUCCUUAUAUUUUGCUUCCCUCAUGUAGCUAAAGCCAAAAUAUUCGAAACAUCACUGCAACUAACAACCACACUAAAAACAGCAUUGUCAUACAACCACAUUUUUACAAUAUGCCACGUUCUAACGGUCCACCUGGACUUACUUGUCUUAUUUUUUUGUAAAAGUAUAUGUUCUUGUGGCCCUUUUUUUCAGGAGCACUUUAAACAUUGGACCACCUCAAAUAACGAAAUUGAAUUUAUUUUUUUUACUGAAUAAAACACCCAGAAUAUACAUGAAUAAAGGAUGUGUGAUAUACAGUAUGAACUAUGAGCGAUAAAACAUCGACUAGUAUGUGAGCAUCCCUCCUUCUUUACCUCCUAGACAGAGUGCAGUGGGCAGGUUAAGUUGUGUGUCACAUAUUUGUUGUCUUGUGUUUCUUUGGCACCAUGGGUGAGGUAGUUGUUUGAAUCGCUGCAUGUGAAAAGCUACUUAACCAUCAGAAGCAACUGUUGGGCCGGUAUGCAAGAAGCUGCUACAGAUUCACUACCAGACUGUGGAGCAAGUGCCCUCCUGUAUGCAGUAGUGUGCUGGGGAGCAGCCUCAAGAAGAAGGACGCCACACGCCUGGACAAACUGGUGCAGAGGCAGGCUCUGUCAUUGGCACUGAGGUGGACAGCCUGACAUCAGAGCAAAGGUCACUGAGCAGGCUCCUUUCCAUCAUCCAAUGCACAGCACCAUCUCCCGACAGAAGAGCAGUUUCAGUGGCAGAUUACUAUCACUGUCCUGCUCCACUGAUAGAAUGAGCAGAUCAUUCCUCCCUCACGCCAUGCGGCUUUUCAACACAACAGAGGGGAAGCGGUCAAAACAUACACAGGACUGGACUUAUUAACUUAUUACGUAUUAUCGAAUUUGAAGUGAUCUGUUUCAUAUUCUUCUAUUUUCUUAUUUUUCUUAUCUCUCCUAUAUUGCCUUGUUUUAUUUUUAAGUGAUUACAUUUAUUAUGACACUUAUGAAAUGUGAAUUUCUCUUGGAGAGUAUUUGAUUAUUGUAAAAUAUGGCCAAAAUGCGCCUCGGGGGCCAUCCCCGGCCCGUGGCUCAGUUGUCAUUUCAUCAGUGCAGAAACAAGAGACUUUAAAGAAACAUUAAAAAAGGGUAAAAACAGAGCAAAAGACACAAUGACAAAAACCUGAAAUGUUGACACCCACACCCAAUAAUAACAGCUUUGUAUUGAAGACAAAGCUUUAAAUAUAUUUUCUAGGCAUAUAUGUGUGUGUGUGUGUAUAUGGGUUUGGGGUGUAGA